AUGUCGAUGCUUAGGCCUCGUAAUGGACUCGUAAUGAUUACGGAGCUGGAAGCGGGCAAGAUUGUUCACCGAUGGCCUCGAAAAAGGUGCCUCAUAGUCCGCGUCUUUGGCAAUGGCGACAACAGCGAGCUUGGUCUCGGGCCCAAACAGACAGAAGCUCUUCAACCUUGUAUCAACCCAUACCUUGACCCCAAUGACCCAUCCAAUUUCCGCGUCGUCCAACUUGCCUGCGGUGGUAUGCAUACGGUUGCCUUGACACUGGACAACAAGCUCAUUACUUGGGGUGUCAACGACCUUAACGCUCUUGGCAGGGACACGCGCUGGGAUGGCAAGCUGCGCGAUAUAGACGCGGAUUCCGACGAUGAGGAUGGAGAGUUGAAUCCACUCGAGUCGACUCCCACCGAGAUCCCAGCAGACCAUUUCCCCCCAGGCACCCGGUUUGUCCAAGUAGCUGCCGGUGAUAACUGCAGCUUUGCCCUCACUGAUACUGGCCUUGUCUAUGGAUGGGGCACAUUUCGUAACUCCAAAGGCGAGGAACGUUUUGGAUAUGAUACCCUUGACAUCACAGGCAACAUCUGGGCUUGGGGCUCCAACGAGCAAAACCAAUUCGGGCGUCGUCUCUUUGGACGCCAUCAGGACAACCUCAGACCAUGCCAGGUCCGAGUGUGCCCCAACAAUGCCAAGUAUAUUGCAUCAGGGGAAUACCACUCCUUCGCCGUCGAUCGGAAGGACAACGUCUGGGCUUGGGGUCUCAACAGCAACGGCCAAGCUGGAUACCCCAAGACUGCCGGUACUGACUCCGCCAUUCUACCAUAUCCGGUGAAGAUCCCCGGCCUCUGCGGCAAGGGAGUUACAGUCCUCGACGGCGGUGCCCACCACUCUGCCGCCGUCACGACAGACGGCCAGUUCCUUGUGUGGGGACAGAUACACAGCGGGCAACUCGGCAUCAGCUUUACUCCCGACCAGCUGCGGGACCCAACCUUGAUCCGCCACGACGAACGUGACAAGCCAGGGAUAUGCCUCCGCCCCACCGCAGUCCCGAAUAUUGGCAAAGCCUUCCACGUUGCCUGCGGUACAGACCAUACCAUAUUCGUCAAUACGGCUGGCAGUGCCUACGCCACGGGCUACGGCUUCCAAGGCCAGCUUGGUCUUGACUCUAAUGAUGACGUCUAUGUUGCACAGCGCAUCAAAGGCCGGGAGGUGAAGGAUAGGUUCUUGAGUUGGGCCGGUGCUGGCGGACAGUUCUCUGUUGUCGCUGAACCCGCCAGAAUUGGUUGA